AUGGGGCGGAACCGGGAGCUCGGUGAGUCUGUGGGGGUAGAACGGAAAAUCAAAAUCACGCGCCAGAACCCCAAAUUCGCGAUGGGAUACCGGUUCAAUCCCUCCAUCAUGCCUGAGAAGGAUUCGACACAAACCCCCGCCGUCGAGAGCAAGACAGCUUCAAGCUCGACCGCCGAGUCAAUCAAAUCGUUCGUCGCUGGAGGAGUCGGGGGAAUCGCAGCAGUGCUUGUCGGACAUCCAUUUGACUUGACCAAGACUCGCCUACAGACUGCACCACCAGGGGCAUACAAGGGAGCGGUGGAUGUAGUAAAACAAGCUUUGGCUCGCGAUGGUGCCACUGGUCUAUAUCGCGGAGUUGUCCCACCAUUACUUGGCGUGACCCCCAUUUUCGCCGUCUCCUUCUGGGCAUAUGACACAGCAAAAGCCCUUAUCUAUGCUGCGACUCCCCACCGAAAGAGCAAGGAGCUCUCGGUUGCAGAGUACGCGGCCGCAGGCUUCCUCUCUGCGAUACCCGCAACGCUCGUCACUGCUCCAGUCGAGAGAGCGAAGGUCCUACUCCAGGUCCAAGGCCAGAGUGGAUCCGGCACCCAGUACAAGGGCGUCUUCGACGUUGUGAAGCACCUGUACGCAGAGGGUGGUCUGCGCAGCGUGUACCGCGGUUCCGUCGCUACCAUCGCGCGCGACGGUCCUGGAAGUGCGGCAUACUUCGCUGCCUACGAGGUCAUCAAGGGCAUGAUGACUCCUGCCGGCUCCAAGGACCUCAAUCUUGGCGCUGUUAUCUUCGCCGGGGGCAUGGCUGGUGUCGCCAUGUGGUCAAUAGCCAUUCCACCAGAUGUCCUCAAGUCCAGGAUCCAGUCUGCGCCCACUGGCACGUACUCUGGCUUCUUGGAUUGUGCACGCAAGACCAUAGCAGCAGAUGGUGUCGGUGCGCUUUGGAAGGGUCUUGGUCCCGCCAUGGCUCGAGCAUUCCCUGCCAACGCUGCAACAUUCUUGGGUGUCGAGGCAUCAAAGAAAUUCAUGGAAAAGUACUUUUAA